AUGUUUGGGAAAGGGUGCCAUUAUUGUUUACGCAAUCUUUCAAAAACCAUCCAUAAAGUGGAGUACGCUCGAGUAAAGUGUUGCACGAGGUGUCUGGACGAACACUUCAUGGUAGUUGCCAGUCCACAGACAAUCCCAGGUGACUACGACUGCCUCCUGAAAGAACGUCUCCCCGUCAUUGAAGUAGGGUCUGGUAAGAAGGAGAGGACUUAUGCCUUCCGGAGCUUGCACGAGAAAUGGAGCGAGACACACAACACCUUCCAAAGCCAUGAAGAGAAAUUAGAAUGGGUUGCUAAGGAGCACAGGGCACGGAUUGAAAUUGAACAUCAUGCUAGGGAGUGCGAGCAAUGGCUUGAACGCUACACAACCCGUAAAGAGACCGAACACAGAGAGAUAGUACGAAAGCGAAAAGCUGUCUUCAUGGCCCGUCUCGAGAAGUCCAAAUGGGGACCAGAACUCAAAAUCAACGAUUGCAAACCUGACGAACACUGGUCCGUUGUGCACGCUUCUAACAAUUGUGUCCUCGACGUAGUUCUAAAAAAGCUUGAUAAGGAGUUCGAUCAGUUUAUGGUUUCUGCCAAGAAGACACGUCUAUUCGAAGAGAAGAAGAAGGUCAUCAAGAAACGCAUGCCCAUCUUGAAACGCUCAUACGAUAUAUGGGUGUCUACCCUUCCAGCAAAUGCUGUAUGUCCUCCGUUGAGCGAAGUCUUUCGGACACCUUUUGUCCAAGAAAUGUUCUAUUCGACACCGGCUACUGCAGGAGAGACCGACGAUUUUUUACCCUCUAUCUCUGCCUCGGCCGACGCGGUUAUCCAGCAAUGGCUAGAGAAAGGCAUAGCUGAUCUCAUCAAGAUUCCCGAGGAGAAAAUCAUUCCAUUUUCACUUAUCAAAGAUAUCUCGAGCACCACUCAGUCUGAAGCUUUUCCUGUGGCCGCUUUGGAACUUGCGACUACGUCCUUCGUCUGUAAUAAUUCAGAAUGUGGCCCUCUUCAAUACCCUCGUGUGUUGAUGCACACCUGCCCUGCGAGCAGCAAACCUUCCCAGUUCGACGAUCGGGAUGAGAAAGUGGUGUUUGAAUUGACCGGCCAAACCUAUUGGAAUACUGGACGUUCCAUCAGAAUCGUUCGCGACUCGAAGACGAUCGUGGAGAUCGUGAAACUGUGUGGCUACGAUCCGAGGACCACAACAGCGAAGGAGAUGGACGAGGCGAAUCCGAUCCUCAUAUGCAUCAAGUGCAACGACAAGAGCGGAAGGGCAACGAUGACCUGGAGGACAGUCGUGAGUUGCGCGUGUCCAUCCACUACCCGCCCACUCACGCCUCGACAACGUGCAUCUAGAUCACUCAUAGCGAGUUUCACUGGAAAAUAUUUGCCUCCAAAUUUGUCCGCGACGAAAAUGGUUUUGAAGGUUCUCGACGAAGCUGACACUCAGAAAGCGCAGCUCAUGAUAGCAGAAGCCCAAGAGCGCAAACUUUGGGAGGCAAAGGACGGCAACUAA